AGCGGCCGUGCCGAUAUAAUCAAGGGAUCAAACAUCGCAUUCAUCGGAAGGGGCCGCUACAAAUACGACACUCGCGUCGCCGUUCCUUCGCAUCGAUUUUUAUCCCCCCCUCUCUUCCGUUUCGUGGUUCCCAGAGACGGCUGAUUGCGUUCUUAGAGUAAGUAUCUGACGGAUGGCGGAAGGUGAUUCGAUUGCAAAGGAUGUCACUGAGUUAAUUGGCAAGACUCCACUGGUUUACCUCAACGAUGUUGCCACUGGCUGCGUCGCUCGGAUCGCUGCUAAGCUGGAGAGCAUGGAGCCUUGCUCCAGUGUAAAGGACAGGAUUGGGUAUAGCAUGAUUGCUGAUGCAGAGGAGAAGGGGCUUAUCGAACCUGGGAAGAGCGUCCUGAUUGAAGCUACUAGUGGAAACACUGGGAUCGGCCUAGCUUUCAUGGCUGCUGCCAAGGGUUACAAGCUUGUUCUUACAAUGCCUGCAUCCAUGAGCCUUGAAAGAAGAACCAUUCUUAAAGCUUUUGGUGCUGAAUUAGUCUUAACGGAUCCUAGUUCGGGUAUGAAAGGAGCUGUUAGUAAGGCAGAAGAGUUGGCUGCAAAAACCCCAAAUUCUUACAUUCUUCAACAGUUUGAAAAUCAAGCAAACCCGAAGAUUCAUUAUGAGACAACUGGACCCGAAAUAUGGAAUGGAACAGGUGGAAAAGUAGAUGCUCUGGUGUCUGGUAUUGGGACUGGGGGUACCAUUACAGGAGCAGGCAGCUAUCUCAAGGAGAAAAAUCCUAAUGUUAAGCUAUAUGGCGUAGAGCCAGUUGAAAGUGCAGUCCUGUCCGGAGGGAAACCUGGUCCCCAUAAAAUUCAAGGAAUAGGAGCUGGCUUCAUUCCCGGUGUUCUUAAUGUGGAUCUCAUCGAUGAAGUUAUCCAAGUUUCAAGUGAUGAAGCUGUUGAGACGGCUAAACUUCUUGCUUUGAAAGAAGGGCUACUGGUUGGAAUUUCAUCUGGGGCUGCAGCGGCGGCUGCUAUUAAGCUCGCACAGCGACCUGAGAAUACGGGGAAAUUGAUUGUUGUUGUUUUCCCGAGUUUCGGGGAGCGAUACCUUUCCUCUGUGCUUUUCCAGUCAAUCAAGAAAGAAGCAGAAAGCAUGGUGUUCGAAGCCUGAGAGUUUGUUUGAAUACGAUCCUGAAGUCAGUCCAGUCGAUGGUCCUCUCACUCUUCUCGAAUCAAGAUGGUUGUAUUAAUAAGUGUACCACAGAAAGUGUGUUUCUCUUGUUAUCACGGACAAACGCUUGCAUGAAAUACAGUUACUACCUUUACCUGGUGCAAUAAUGGUAUCACUAUUUGCUCA